CCGCCGGGCCGGGCGCUGCGGCGCCAUGAAGGAGUGCGGGUACCGGCAGAUCCCGCCCGGGAUAACGGCGCCGGUACCGGGCACGGGCGUCUCGUCGCCUCCCGCCGCUUCCCGGCCGGAGCGGUCCGUUGAGACCCGUCGGCCGCAGCGGAAGUGGGAAGUGUUCCCCGGUCGCAACCGCUUCUUCUGCGGCGGGCGCCUGAUGCUGGCGCGGCACAGCGGGGUCUUCGCUCUCACCCUCGUCCUCAUCCUCGCCACCAGCGGCCUCUUCUUCGCCUUCGACUGCCCCUUCCUUGCCAGUCACCUCACCUUGGCCAUCCCCAUCAUUGCAGCCAUCCUCUUCUUCUUUGUCAUCAGCUGCUUGCUCCAGACAAGCUUCAGAGACCCAGGCAUCCUGCCCAGAGCCACCCCAAGUGAGGCUGCAGACCUGGAAAAGCGGAUCGACAGCAUGGGGACCUCGACCUACCGCCCCCCAGCCCGCACCAUGGAGGUGGUGAUCAACAAGUACGUGGUGAAGCUCAAGUACUGCUACACCUGCAAGAUGUUCCGCCCGCCCCGCACCUCCCACUGCAGCGUCUGCGACAACUGCGUCGAGAGGUUUGAUCACCACUGCCCCUGGGUGGGCAACUGCGUGGGGAAGCGCAACUAUCGCUACUUCUACGCCUUCAUCCUCUCCCUCUCCUUCCUGACAGCCUUCAUCUUCGCCUGUGUCGUCACCCACCUCACCCUGCGCUCGCAGAGGGAUGGUUUCCUGGCCACUCUGAAGACCACACCUGCAAGUGUGCUGGAGCUGGUGAUUUGUUUUUUCUCAGUCUGGUCUAUUUUGGGCCUCUCAGGUUUUCACACUUACUUAGUGGCCUCCAACCUGACGACAAAUGAAGAUAUCAAAGGGUCCUGGUCAAAUAAGAGGGGCUCAGAGUUUGCCAAUCCCUACAGCCAUAAAAGUAUCCUCACAAACUGCUGUGCAGUGCUGUGUGGACCUUUCCAUCCCAGUUUGAUCGACAGAAGAGGAUUUGUCCAGCCAGAUGUUGGGACCCCAUCCAGUCCUAAGAGUGAAAUCCCUUCUUUUGGAGCCAAAACUGACACCAGCAUGGUAGGAGGAACUCCCUAGCAGUGCUGGGAUGUAGCCCAGUGCCUGUGGUGCCUGCACCUCACUCCUGCCACCACCUUCUCCUCUCACCAUCUCCCCAGCCUCCAGCAGGACAGCCCUGGCAGGCAGAGCUGCCAAAGCCUCAGCCAAGCCAAACCUUGCCUUUCUUCUUUUUUUUUUUUAAGUUUAUUUAUUUUCUUUUUUCUUUGUUUGUUUCACUGUGAUGUGGCCUGUCUGGGCUUUCAACUGAUAGAGCCCAGCUGUGUGCAAGCAGGGGGUCCCUGCAGCACCCAAGAAGCAAAUUAGGGCUGGGGAGCCCAGCAGCCCCCAGAGGGGUCACCCCUGACUCCAGGGGGUCAUUGUGUCCUCCUGUGAGCAAUCAGGUGGGCCAAGGGUGGGAGGUGGGGUCUUGGAAACCAUUCCUGCUCUGAGCUGGGCUGUCACACCUCAUCUUCUGGGCUGGUGGAGGUGUGAGCUCCCUGCUCUCCUCGUUAUCUCCAUGGACAUCUCGUGUGCCAACACAGAAGGGCUGUUCUGUCUCUUCAUGGCCAGGUUCUCACCUUGGCUGCUGCUGGAGCAGCUUUUCCAGAACCUGCUGUGCCUUGGGAAGCUGAGGCUGUUCCUCUGGGUGGACUCUGGCUCCCAGCAGACCUAAAAGCUGGUUAGAUGUCCCAGCUGCUCUUGGCCCUGUUUCCAGGCUGGUCACUGAGGGAACUCUUGAUGUUUUGGCCCUGCCAGUGAGCAAGACAUUUUGCAGCAAGGCCACAGCUUAGAAUGACUCUCCUUUUAAUGGGGAAGAAAAAAACAUGCAGCAUUUUGUGACUUCCAUCAUGAGAUGCUGGCUGGCAGGGCUAGAGCUGGAAGAUUUGGGAACCUUGGCUCUCCAGGAUCAUGUCCUGUCUGGAGGAGACCAAAAGGCAAGAGGAAAGUGUGUGAAUCACUGUGGAUCACACCCUUCCCAGGGGGAGUUUUGAGCUGGUGCUGGUCUCUGGUGGCCUCACCUUGUGCUCUCUGGGUGUCUGGCCAGCAGAUGAGGGCAGGACUGUCCCCAGCUCCUCAGGAACCAUUCCCAUCAGCCUGGGCUCACCCGUGAGCAUUGCUCCAGGCCUGCAGAGCCACAGGAGAGCCAAGCUGGGUCCUCACUGACACUGGAGCACGUGCAGGGGAGUCACAGACCUUGGUAGCAAUACUUGAAUCGUCUCCUUAAAAAGCUGCUGGAUAUUUUUGCACAAUUUGUAGAUUUGUUGUUGUGUCUUUUCUUCUCCGUAGGACUGUUUCUCUUCAGUGCAGGUAGAGUUUGGGAGCAGCAGGGCAGAGGGUGGCAGGGCUGUGUCCCAGCCUGCCUGCUGAGCUGUCCCUGCCCCAGACACACGUUCUCCAACCUUGGAGCAGCACGUUCCUGGGGACAGCCUGUCUGUCCCCACCGAGCUGUGCACAGUGAGUGGCCACCCCAGCCCACACCCAGCUCCAGGGCAUGGCAGAGACACAGGUUUCCCCCCAGCCCUGCAUUUCUGGCUGGUUGCACAGAGAUCUCAGUGUUUGUUUGCUGUGGCCACCAGCUCUACCUUCUCCUCCACGAGGAGCCAAGGUGAGAACGUGGUGGUGCCAGCUCAGUCUCUACCAGGUGGGGCUUCACCAUCCUGGGAAGCUCCUGGUGCUGCUCUGUGGCCACCAAGGCCCCACAGCUUCAGGGACCAGGUGCUUUAGCAUGUGUUGCAGCCAGAGAGGUCACCCUGCCCUUCCCUCCCUGCUUCUCCUGCAGGGAUGUCCCCAGUGGGACUUGUCCCUGCCAUGGAGGAGCCUAAAGCUGUGCAGAGAGGUGCUGGGGGGCAGGGAGCAGUGUUGGGGGUGUUAUCAGGGGCCAAACUCCUUCCUGUUUUUAUUUAAACUGGUUUCCUUUGUUACUCAACAUAAUAAAAUUAUAUUUUUAAAGAGUUAA